AUGAAUGGGGGAGGGCUGUUGUAUGAGGUUCUUUCGGGUGCCGAGGAUCUUACUGUCUUUUGUUCGACCCAUUUCGCAGGUAUGACACUUACAGUCAACUUUUUAGUUGAAUUCGAUACCACCUCGAGUCGCCGCAGACGCAGAAUAAUGAACUCUGGCCAGACGCUAUCGCAAGUUACAACCGUCACCAUCCUGCCGCGCGCCUCAAGCCGUGAAGUCGAUGGGGUGCAGGUACUAGAGGAUGUAUCGAAUACCUCUGCCACCACCGAAAACCCCGGCUCUCACAGUCCGUUGACCGAUAAGCAGGCCGCGGGUCUGCUAUUGGUAGCCGUGGCUGUGCUGAUAUCACUUUUAUUCUGCACCAUGGCGGUCAUGGCCAUUGUGCGACUCAUCCGGUACAGACGCACUUUCAACUUAACCCAAGAUCAGAAUCUGAUUCUCUACGGCCCAACCGACACCACGGCUGCCAUAAUCGACAGACUUUCGCGUGUGUGGACUGUGGCUGAUGCUGGUGAUACGGUACACGACAGUGCGUGUGCAAUGAAUGAGCAACACAGGGAUAGGAAUGCAAGGGGCACCGAUGGGAAUGUGCAAAGCAAAUUCCGGAGUGAACAGAGCCGUGAUUGGGAAAAUGAGAAAGGUGUCGAGUGUAUAUACCCGUUCAUCCCAGAGAGUUUAUCCGAAGGCAGGGGUGUCCUAGCCACCAUAGCCGACUCAGACAACCCGCCUGCAGCUGGCCACCGCAAUGCGAGUGCGCCAUUGAAUAUAAAGCCAAAGAAGGAGGGGCACGUAGUGCCCGAACAGUUCAACGAGGUGGCGGCUAUAGACGUGGACGAUAUGACGGAUAAGAAUGGGUAG